UUAAAUUUUGUGUUAUGAAGAAAUCCAACUGGUGAAGCACUGGAUAUAGGAUUUGAGGCUCUGGAUAAUCUUUUCAGUGCAGCAAGAUAAACUGAAAUGGGAUAGCAGUUUUUAAAAUACUCUUCGAUUCAAAGAGAACAGUUGAUAUAAAAUUCUGCAUGCCUGGAAUAGUUUUUUUUUGGAGGGGGAGCGUUAACCUUUAUUUACUUAUGAAUAAAAACCCACCGCGCUGCAAACUGCGUUCAUGAUCCGGCCAUGCAACGAGUUCCGAAAAAUGAGUAAGGGGGAGGGGGGGUCUCUCGGUUUCAAAAAGCACGUUUGGGGAGACGACAUCAUCACAAUCACUUCUCAGCACCGCCAUACAUACAGGCCACAACUCCGGGACGAUCGGGCAAGUUUUUCGAAUCGAGGGGUCUCUGUUCUUUACGUCGGCGUUCCUUAGGGUACCCCUGCCUUGCUUUCAACGGAUCACCCCGAAAUCCGCCCGGGGGGGGGGAGGGAAAUUCAACAAAGUCUUACAAUCCAGGAACGACGUUACACGACAAGAAGGCAGUUCUUCGUCCGGUGCAGCGCCUCCACCGAAAACUUCAGCUUUUGAACUCCACGGGGGAGUGGAUCUCCUCGCUGGAAUUGAUCGGGUUGCUCACUUUCCGAGGAGCUGUCGAGGGGAAAGGCCGGUCGGCUUUUUUGGCAGCCCGCAGCCACACCCUGCCGGCUGGCGGCCGUCCAACCGGGCUGGCUACACCUGGCGCGGAAGGAGGCCGGCGAGCCGUGGGCAGGACGCGGCAUUUAAGACGCGCUCGGCUGCAGCGCGCUGUUUCCGAGCGCUCAGCCCGGAUCGGUGCACGAUGCUCCUCGCUCGCUGCCUGGGGACGGCGCUCCUGCUUUUGCUGGCCCCGACGACGGGAUGCGGGGCGGCCGCGGCUGCUGCUGCUGCUGCUGCUGUGUCGGAGCCCGACGGCGACAUCGGGCCCGCUUGCCCUUCUUCUUCUUCUUCUCCGGCCGGCUGCGAUUCCCCCGAGAGCGACCGUAAAGCGACUUGCGACGACGAGAAAGCCUGCGGAGUCCGGGAGGAAGGCGAAUCCUGCGGCGUCUAUACACCCAGCUGCGCCCUCGGGCUGCGCUGCGUCCCUCGGCCAGGCGAGCGCACGCCUUUGCAAGCCCUGUUGCGCGGGAAGGGCAUCUGCUCGGCUCCGCAACCCAAGAGAGGAGGCGGCAAGAACCAGACGGAGAUCGAGCCCGUUGCAGAUGAUGGCAGAAGGGAAAAUUACCAGACAGAUAAUCCAACUCCAGAACCUCUCCUCCUUCAGAUCCAAGACCCUUUGCCAGAUGUCGUGGUGGACAAAUCCCAGAUACAACAGGACCCCCUAAAUAAUGGUAUUAAACAGGAAUUGGAUAUGGGUCCCUGCCGCAGGCAUUUGGCAGCCAUCUUGCAGGAGCUAAAAGCCCCCCUCUACAUGAACGGCGAAGAUAUCUUCAUUCCCAAUUGUGACACCAAAGGCUUUUAUAGGCGGAAGCAGUGCCGGACCUCCAAAGGUCAGAAGAGAGGCCGAUGCUGGUGUGUGGAUAAGAGAGGCCAUCAGUUGGAGGGGCUGGAAGAGAGCCCCCUCUGCCUGCUUGCUAACAAUGACUGAGGAUGCAGGAAGACCGGAGGCCGCCAUGGUCCAACAGCAGAAUUCUUGACUGAGGGGACUUCGUCUUAUUAGAACAGUCAUGGAAAAUGUUUGCUUGUAAUUUAUUGCACAGUUGUUGCCUUGUUGGGAUCCUGCCUUCGCUGGGAUAACUUUGGAGCUCUUACGGUGUCUAAUAAUACUCUACAAAAGACUGGUCAGAGAAAUAGCCGACUGGGGUCUUGUAACUGCAUGACCGAAGAGGGGUGUUGAAUAAGCUACAGGUAGUUGCAUUACAGCAAUAAUGCUGGCACUUGAAUCAAUUAUCUUAUAUCAGUAAAGAUGCUUAUACCAGUAAAGGAACAAGAAUAGCCAGUUCCUGGAGGUGCAGUAUGUAUACUUGGGCUACCUUCUAUACAUUGUGUAGGGACAUCAGGAUUUAUCUUAUACAUGCUUCCCAAAGAGAUGUGUUUUGUGGAAGGGGUUUUAAUAGCACAGUUGUAGUACUCGUUAAAGGGUGACAUAGGCGGAAGUAAAAUUUGGCCAAGUUUUUUAAUGGCCAACAUCUACAAUUUAAGCAAGAAAAUGAAAGUGGUACAGAUACUGGAAAUGAGAUGUAUGGAAGUUUUAGCUGUACCUUUAAUGUUUUUCGCACUCUCCCUUCUGUUCUGUUUUAUGGCUCUCCCCAGCAUAUCCUUUUAGAGUUAUCUGGAUGACAGGAAAACCUGAAGCUGCCUUCCCCGCAGGAAAGCAGUGGAUGAUGGAUUGUCCCUAUUUGCCAAAACGUGCUUUAAUUUAAUGUGUUUAAACAGAUAAGUCUCUAUUUCUAUAUGUUUUACUAUACGUUUGGUUUCAAUAAAUUGGAUGAUUAUGCCAUUUUAA